AUGGCUGCCAUGAGCAAAUUACCGGCAAUGUAUCGGCAUGGUUUUGUCUUAGCGUCAUCGAUGGCAAUAUCUUACUGGAUGACGAUUAAAUGGCUCCGUCAACGAUCGAAACAAUUGUUAGAAAAAGAUGUGAAUUCAUCAAUGAAAUCCCAUUUAGCUAAGAAGGACCAAAAUGUUGCUGUGGAUAGACGAUUUUUUCGAAAGCUCGUCACCUUGCUGAAAAUUCUCGUUCCAAAAUUAUUCUGUGGCGAAAGUUUAUUUCUUGUUCUCGUUGCUGCUUCACUCGUAGCGCGUACCUACGCUGAUGUAUGGAUGAUUAAAAACAGUACAUCGGUCGAAAGUGCCAUCAUCGGACGAAAUACAACUUUAUUUAAAGAAAAUCUCGCACGAUUUGCCUAUGCAAUGCCAUUGAUUGCAUUUGUUAACAACGCUCUUCGAUAUACCCUCGAAGAAUUGAAAUUACGCUUUCGAAAACGUUUAUCAUUGUAUUUCUACGAUCAAUAUCUCAAAGGCUUUACUUACUAUCAAGUCAACACACUAGAUAGUCGAAUCACGAAUAUCGAUCAGUUAUUAACGCAAGAUGUGGAAAAAUUCUGUGUGAGCGUCGCUGAUCUCUACACGAAUAUUUCGAAACCAAUCUUAGAUAUUAUUAUUUAUGCAAGAAAACUCUCAGGAACAAUUGGUCCAAGUGGACCCUCCUUAUUAGUUCUCUAUCUCAUCUGUUCCGGUCUUGUUUUAACGAGAUUACGUCGUCCGAUUGGACGUAUGACUGUUGCCGAACAGCAAUUUGAAGGCGAAUUUCGAUAUGUUAACUCACGAUUGAUAACAAACUGCGAGGAAAUUGCAUUUUAUAACGGUAGUCGACGAGAAAAGAUGAUCAUUCGGGACGGUUUUGAACGUUUGAUCAAACAUUUAAGAAGUUUAAUUAUCUUUCGAUUGGUCAUGGGCUGCAUCGACAGUGUUGUUGCCAAAUAUAUUUCUACAUGUGUUGGAUACUAUGUCGUAAGCCGACCAUUCUUGGAUCCGAAGAACACGAGACAUGCUAACAGCUCCUACAAUGAAAUUUUAGAAGAUUAUUACUCAUCAGGUCGAAUGCUCAUGAGGCUUGCUGAAGCUGUCGGCCGUUUGGUCCUUGCUGGCCGUGAACUAACAAAACUAGCUGGUUUUACUACACGUGUCAGUGAUUUGAUUGGUGUCUUGGCUGAUGUAAAUAAAGGUAACUGUGUUCGUACCGGAAUUAAUCAUACAACGAUCGCUAAGAAAAACGAUCAAGGUCAAAUUCGUACACAAGAUGGAAUCAUAAAAUUUGAGAACGUGAAAUUGAUGACUCCGAAUGGCGAUAUUUUAAUUGAAAAUCUCAAUUUUACUGUACGAUCAGGUCAAAAUGUGAUCGUUGUCGGACCGAACGGAUGUGGAAAAUCUAGUUUAUUUCGCACCAUUGGUGAAUUGUGGCCAAUCGCUAGUGGUACUUUAACCAAACCAGGCAGUGGACAUCUUUUCUACAUUCCACAAAAACCAUAUAUGACCAUAGGUACAUUACGUGAUCAAAUAAUUUAUCCAGAUUCACAUGGUGACAUGCGCCGCAAAGGAAUCAAAGAUGAAAACUUACGAGAUUUGUUGGACAAAGUUCAGUUGACUUAUUUAAUCCAACGAGAAGGUGGUUUUGAUGGAGUUCAAGAUUGGAUGGAUGUCCUCUCAGGUGGAGAGAAACAACGUAUUGCGAUGGCACGUCUAUUUUUCCACAAACCUCAAUUUGCGAUCCUUGACGAAUGUACAAGUGCAGUUUCUGUCGACGUCGAAGGAUUUAUGUAUGAAUACUGUCGGAAUGCUGGCAUCACUUUAUUUACCGUUUCACAUCGAAAGAGCCUGUGGAAAUACCAUGAGUACUGUUUGUAUAUGGACGGUCGUGGAGAAUAUACGUACAAAAAAAUUGAUGAACACACAUCGGAGUUUGGAUCAUGA